AUGACAAAACCUCAAAUAUGUGCUUGUGGAAAAAAUAAAAGUGAUAUGAACACCACUAAUUGGAUUCGACAUACAUCUUCCUGUAAAAUUAGGAAAUCUAGAGAUGAAUCUAGGUCGAUUGAAUGUUUUUUCGGUAAUCCUAAAAAGCCUAAGCUGGAAUUAGGUGAUUCUAUUUCAUUGGAAGUAGAAGAAAACUUAUACAGUAGUAAUUCUACUACUAUUACUUGUGAGUCUGUUACUACUAAAACCUCGACUACAACUGCAACUGCCAAGUCUGUUACUACUACAACUGCCGAGUCUGUUUCUACUUCCUCUACUGACAAUGUAUUUGAAGUGAUGAAGACUGAUAAAUAUUCAGAUUCAAAUGAAAAUAUGAUUAGUUGUAUGAUUAAUGAUGGAAAUAAAGUUGAUCCUAUACUUCUGGAAUCGACUAACACAUAUGAAUCAGAACAAUCUCCUAACAAAUUUCGCAAUGAUCCUGCAUUAUAUUUGAACAAGACAAUAUCGCAUUGUUUGAAAAACAAUCUACUUGAAAUGGGUCCUUGCCAACCUACUGCAUCAGAAUUGGUAAACGCUGUUUUUCCAAAAGACACCUCUAGUCCUUCACGUUCAUUUUCUUCAACAUAUUAUUUUAAAUUAGUGAAUGGAAAAACUGUACAUCGUAAUUGGUUAGCAUAUCCUUCUUCAACUGACAGAAUUUACUGUUGGACAUGUAGGCUUUUUGGGACACCCGGCGCACAAAAAAACGGAUUAGUCAGUUCGGGCUGUAAUGCUUGGGGCCACCUUAGUGGUGUAUAUGGACGACUGCAUAAACAUGAGUCAUGUAAAGACCACUUAGAAUCUGAACUCAGUCGUGCCAUGUAUAUGAGAAAUAAUCGAAUUGAUAUUCUGACAGUUAAAUCAUCAAAUUCCCGUGUAGCUACAAAUAGAAAAGUAGUUAAAGUACUAAUGGACAUUGUUUUAUGUUUGGCAAAGCAUAAUGAUGCAUACAGAGGUCAUUUAGAAACAAAUAAAGAUCUUAUUCAAGGGAAAUUUCGUGAUUGGGUUACAGUAUUUGCUAAAUACCAUCCAAUAUUGGCAUCACAUUUAGACCGGAUCAAUUCUAAUUCUAAACGGUCAUCACUCACAUUUUUAUCAAAAACUUCACAAAAUGCUAUGAUUGAAAGCGUUGCAGAAACUAUUAGAGAUAAAAUUUUAGAUGAAAUUAAAACAGCUGGCAUGUAUUCACUUAUUUUGGAUUCGACAACCGAUGUAGCAAAGCUUGAUCAAUUCGCAUUUGUAUUCAGAUAUUGUUCAAGUGAAGGAACUGUUCAUGAACGAUUUUUGUGUACAGAUGAAACUGCAGAUUCAACAGGUAAUGGAAUGUUUGCUUUAUUUUGUAAAAUUUGUGAUCGUUAUUCAUUGAACUGGAAAGAACAAUUAAUUGGUCAAGCAUUUGAUGGAGCAUCAAAUAUUCAAGGUGCUAUUAAAGGAUUGCGAACCAUUAUCCAAAAAGACAACCCAAAUGCUUUACAUGUUUGGUGUUUUGCACAUUGCCUUAAUCUUGUUGUCUGUGAUUCUUGCCAAGCUAAUAUUCAAGUAAGAGAUUUUUUCAGUAUUAUAGGUAGUUUAGUUACUUUUAUUGGAGCAAGAAAAAGAACUGCUACUUACGUUGAUUUACAGAAAAAAUAUUAUCCGAACGAACGUUCACGCCGACUUAAACACUUUUCUAAUACUCGAUGGACUUAUCAUGAUCGGUCAAUAGAUGUAAUUUUAAGAACUUAUAGAGCUGUUAUUGAAACAUUAAAAAGUAUAAGAACUGACGAAACUGAUAAAAAAACGCGUGAUACAGCUAAAAGUUUUUUAAAAAACUUGAAUAAGUUCAAUUUUGUUCUUACAAUGCACUUUAUGAAAAAAUUAUUUUCCAUCACAACACCACUUUCCAAAUAUUUGCAAGCUCCAGACAUGGACUUCAUCCAAGCAAUGAAACUUGUUAUGGCCACAAAACAUCAAUUGCAAGAAAUGCGUAUUGACAAAACAACAUAA